AUGGCCGUCUACAUCCUCAACCGCUCACCUGCCAAGGCCCUCGACGGCAGGACGCCGUACGAGGCUUGGCAUGGGCGCAAGCCGGCGGUCUCCCACUUGCGGGUCUUUAGCUGCCUCGCGUUCACCAAGCAGCUUGGCCACAUCGGCAAGCUCGACGACAGGAGCACCCUAGGGGUGUUCAUCGGCUACGCGAAGGGCUUGAAGGCCUACCGCAUCCUUGACCCGGAGACACCGUAUGAAAAUCUUAUCCGGAAGAGUCUGGAUUCAAGAAGGAAUUAUGAAGACCAAGGCAUCGCGAUAAUUGUCAAGUUUGGAUCAUUUAUUGGUAUGGUGGUUCCUGUAGUUUUGUCUAUAUUACCAUAUUUCUACCACGUAUACACAGGAUCAUUUUCCAGGACAACGGAUUUAUAUGGUGCCCUAGCCAUGCUUGGUGGAUUGAUUAACAGUAUUAUAUGGUUGGUGUAUGCCGAUGUGACCAGCAAAAAUGAUCUCAGUCUAGGUCUUCUACUAAUGCAUGCAUUUCUCUGCAUGUCUCUCUUUUGUUACUUAAUGCACAUCUGUGCUUAUAGAAGAGCAAUUAAAAUGGGCUAUGCUCUUGGAGCUCUUUUCAUCAUUUCUGUGUCAAUCAUAUUUUUUGUUGUGAACUGGGAUGCAAAUCCAUCAGAGUUUGUGAAGUGGCUAUUUGGAGCUUUUGGCAUAUUAAGUUUGGUCAUUUGCCACUGGAUCCAAUUGGAGGAUAUUCUGCAUGGAGUUGCUGAAAGAUCACAGAGAAUUGUAACUAUUAUUGAUAUAGUGCCAAGUUGUAUCAUGACUGUAGUAUCUUUUGUCAUAACCUUCCAUACCCAUCCUGAACACAUCUUGAUUCUGGUGUCUUCAGCAAUAGGAUUCAUCCUCAAUCUUGCUGAGAUACUCCUUCUCAUUAAUUUUGCAACUGUUGGUUAUUUGUUCCCAUUGGCUGUAAACACGAAUGCAGAUGUCGAACCAGCACGACAGAGUGAUCAACCAGCCACACAAGAUAUGAAAUCUAUGAAGUCAGGCCCAUUACGUGAUCUCUACAUUCCAGUGCUUCUACAGGCCUCGGGGAUGGCUGCUGCAGAGCCACACCCCAUGCUACUUCGAGAUCUUGAAAUCCACUACUGGAUGGUCAUCAGCAAGCUCUAUCGCACUAGAUCUGCAACACCGUUCCACCCUAGAAGGGCUUUGGCAGACACUCUUCCCCUUGAAGAAAAUGCAUCAAAGAUCCCUGACAUUGAUGAUUCCAUAGCUGUACUGAUUUUGCAAGUGAGAAACAUAUAUGAAAUCCAUGAAGUCAGGCCCAUGUUAAAUCUGAAUUUACACACACGAGCAGCAAUUCCAUGGAUGAAUAUGCAGAUUGAACGUGAUCUCUACAUUACAAUGCUUCUACAGGCCUCAGGGAUGGCUGCUGCAGAGCCACACCCCAUGAUACUUCGAGAUCUUGAAAUCCACCACUUGAUGGUCAUUAGCAAGCUCUAUUGCACUAGAUCUGCAACACCAUUCCAACCUAGAAGGGCUUUGGCAGGAAUUGUUCCCCUUGAAGAAAGUGUAUCAAUGAUCCCUGACACUGACGAUUCUAUAGCUGUACUGAUUUUGCAAGUGAGAAACAGAUAUGAAAUCUAUGAAGUCAGGCCCAUGUUAAAUCUGAAUUUCCAAACACGAGUGCUACUUGUAGAAGCAAUUCCACGGAUGAAUAUGCAGAUUGAACGUGAUCUCUACAUUCCAAUGCUUCUACAGGCCUCAGGGAUGGCUGCUGCAGAGCCACACCCCAUGCUACUUCGAGAUCUUGAAAUCCACUACUGGAUGGUCAUCAGCAAGCUCUAUCGCACUAGAUCUGCAACACCGUUCCACCCUAGAAGGGCUUUGGCAGGUCAUUGAUUGUCAAAUCAAGGCUAUAAAGAUGUAAUAUGCUCAACAGUUGUACUAUCCAGGAAGCAUUUUUGAGAGAAAAAAGUCGGUGGUACCUGAUUAAGAGAAAGCGGCAAAUGCAACUGGUGAUGCAUGCCUUGUCCUCUCUCUGCUUCUUAUCGUCGAAGACUCUUAUAGUUUGAUGGUCAUGUGAUGGAAUUCUAAAUUUUCUUUCGAAUGUCCACAGCAUAAGCUGUACAUGUUGAAGGAGCUUUCGGGUGUCUGAAGAAAAGGCGGAUGUACAGUAGGUCAGCAAUGGGUGGCGAUUGUGUUGUAAUUGCAGCCAGCUAUAAGUCGUGGCAUAAACAAAUGCCAACUGAGCUGAUAGGUGUUUAGCACUUGACAAUGAUAAUGUCCUCUGUAAUGGAACAAUGGCCUUGACGUUGAAGAUAAUAUCAAACUGGUAACUAUCGCUAUGCAUUUACGAGAUCAUAUUUGUCACACUA